UCAAUUCUUACGGGAUUUUAAUUUUGUGAAACUACUUUUCCGAUGCACGUGAACACAUCACAGCGAACCACGUUUUUAGUGCGCCAUCCCCGCCCCUUUCUCCUGGCUUAACAACCUUAGUUCAAGAGACUGUCGAAUCAGACGAAAACAAAAGCACUGAAGGAGAGAAUGUUAUGAUUGCUCCGGUGGAGGACAAUUGUCGGAUGGCCAUUAGACUACACAAUGUGUGACAUGAAAACUUUUACUACCGUGAGCAAAAAUCCUCCUCCACCAGCGGUUGUCAAACAGAACAACCCUGGGCGUGUAACAAAUCAGCUGCAAUUUCUGGAGAGCGUUGUGAUAAAAGCUUUGUGGAGGCAUCACUUUUCAUGGCCCUUUCGUCAACCGGUUGAUGCAGUGGCCCUCCAUCUUCCAGACUAUUAUACCAUAAUAAAGAAUCCAAUGGACCUUGGCACCAUCAAGAAGAGACUCCUGAAUAACUACUACUAUGAAGCUCAUGAGUGUUUGAGAGAUUUCAACACCAUGUUCACCAACUGCUACAUGUAUAAUCAGCCUGCAGAUGACAUUGUCUUUAUGGCACAGACUCUGGAAAAGCUCUUUUUGCAGAAAAUCUCUCAGAUGCCUAAAGAAGAGUGCGAAAUCAAAGAUUUAGCAAAAGAGCCCGUGGACAUCAGAAACCCAUGUACAGGAGUCUUAAAGCAGAGAUCAGUGGUGUCUGAAGUAGUUUUGCAGCAGACAGUGACUGUCAUCCCUCCUGACGUGCCUCAGCUUGUGCCUUCCAUGCAGUUUACGGCGGAAAUUGACGCUGCGAUUAAGAAAAGUUUAAAAAGGAAAUCAAGUACCAACACAGUUGGUGAACACUUGGCUACAUGUGCAUCAAGAAAAAGUAGCGGUCGUACUAUUAAAGUUCCUAAGAAAGACUUGCCAGAUGUUGAUGAACAUAGGGUCAGACUGCCUGAGCAGCUUAGGCACUGCAGCGACAUCCUAAAAGACAUGUUCUCCAAGAGGCAUUACACGUAUGCAUGGCCCUUCUAUACACCUGUCGACCCAGUUGCAUUAGGCUUGCAUGAUUAUCAUGACGUCAUCAAGCAGCCUAUGGACCUAAGCACUAUUAAGAAAAAACUGGAUCAGCAAGAAUACGCCACAGCGGCAGAAUUCGCAAGUGACAUGCGAAUAAUGUUCUCCAACUGCUACAAAUACAAUCCUCCUUCACAUGAAGUGGUUUACAUGGCUAGAAAACUGCAGGAAAUUUUCGAAGCGCGUUAUCAAAAGAUCGUUCAGGAACCAACGGUUUGUUCUGUGGCUCAUCAUCCAGUGGAAAAAACACAGAGAAAUGGCUUGACAGCGUCACCCAGUUCCUCCAGUCAAAGUUCCUCAGAGGAAGAAAAUGCAUCAGAAGUGGUGGCCAAUCAGCUGGCCAAUCUGGAAGAACAGCUGAGAGCUGUCAGUAAUCAGCUGAAGAAACUUACCCAAGACCCUCAGAUGAAACCCAAGAGAAAGGGAAAAUUGAAAAAAGGAAAAUGGUCCAAAGAACGGCACACUGCUGGAGGAAAGACCAAACUCUCAAAAUACAAACGUGCGGCCAAAAAAGGGCCAAUCAUGAAGAGUUCGUCCUCUCUGGCAAACAACAAAUACGUACAACAGCUGGCCAUAAAACGCAAAAACAAGAGCAUGUCGUCACCCAUGACCGCGCAGGAGAAGCUGCAGUUGAAGUCGGACAUCCAGCAGCUGCCUGCUGACAAACUGAGCAAGUUGCUGAAAAUGAUAAACGAGCGCGAGUCUUGUCUGAGACACACAUCACUGCAGGAGAUGGAAUAUGAUUUUGAAAUGCUCAAAUCAUCCACACUGAGAGCCCUGCAGCUGUAUGUCGCUGCAUGUCAAAAGACACGCAGCAGCAACAACAUGCUUCUUGGUAAGUCCACUAUUUUUUUUUUUUUUUGGAGGCUUUUUUUUACGCAUUGUUAGCGUUUAAAUUAUGGACCAAGUCGUAUUGCUUAUUUUUACAAAUUCUUUGGUUUAGAUACUUGUGAAAUUAGGAUAUGUGGAUUUUCAUGCUUUUAAAAUGUUUAAUCGUUAGAUAACCAUAAAGCCUAGCUUAUUUGUUUUGUGUAAAAUAUUGAAGACUAGGCCUUGGCAACCUGUGACUCAACCUCGCCUCUCUAACAUUGUCUCCGAACUGCUCAACAGUGAUUGCCCUUCAAAUAUUG